GGUCUUGAUCUCUUGACCUCGUGAUCCACCCGCCUCGGCCUCUCAAAGUGCUGGGAUUAUAGAAAAAAUGUCUAAAUAGAGACGGGAUGGGGGAGAGGGGGGUCUCACUACGUUGAGCAGUUUGGUCUCGAACUCCAGACCUCACGUGGUCUGCCUGGGCCUCCCAAAGUGCUGGGAUUGCAGGUGUAAAACCACCGCGCCCUGCCAGAACUUUUGUGAUGUAAUUCUGAUAACCACGUGCUGUGCUUGAAGAAGGGGAGAGGAGGGAGAAUUUCACGUGUCUGGUCUGGGCAACCACCUUUAAGCUCUUUAUGCUGAGAUUUUGUUCAAUUCUUGCCCUAUGCUUUAAAGAACUGGGGCAAGAGAAUGCGAGUGGGAGGACGAGAAGUAUGUUCUUGAGGCUGCUACUCUGCAAGGUGGUUUGGGACCAUAGCCUGAGUAAGCCCUUUCAGCUCCGGAGUCACAAAAAGGGCGGAAGCCGUUUCUAUAGCGACGGGAGGAGGGCGUGGCCGUCCCUUGCACUCGGCCGGGCUCUCCCAGCCUCCCGCAGCGGCGGGCGGUCCGCGCCAUCCUCAUGCAGCUCCUCCCGCCGCCUACCCGCACCGGAACAAAGUAAGGGCCGCGGAGGCUGGUACUUCGCGUGCAGUCCAGCGCGAGUACGAGCCAGCUAGGGCCGACUGCGCUCUUUUAGGCCACGAAGCUUCUGGUCGACGGGGUCGUGGGGGAGAAUGAAAAGCGUGCGGAAUGCAAGAGUAGACUGGGGAGUGUGGGUCAGAGAAAGAGAGAGAGAGGCGGGGGGUGGUGCACAGACAAGGAAAAUACAGUUGUAGGUUUUGCGACGACUGCAUCCCCGGAAUCCAACAUCAGUAUACUUUUCUGUUAAGAUGCUGUUGCAUCGCCGACUCCAGCUGAGUGCAGGACAGGGAGCGAGGGGUUCUGAGGAACUCAUCAGACCUACCUUGGAACUGUGCUCCCAGCCCUCACUGGGACGCGAGACUUUCUUCCUCCCUUUCUUUCUCUUCUUUGCUGCAUGUCCUCUUGUCAGUCAUAAGUGGGUCCACGACCACACGCCUCGCGUUGGUGAGGCUCUGGCAGGUAUUACUCAUAUUCCCACCCAGCCCAUAUGCCUGGGCACCUUUGUGCUCAACCACAGCCCAGCCCCUGACACAAAAGCACCCUAAGGUGUAUGUAGAUCACACACCCAGAGCUGCCACUCCGAGGAAAUUCCCAAUAUUAGCAAAUCUUUCCUUAAAAAAGUGAUGAACGAUGCACAGUUUGAGGGUUUUUAAAGGCUAUUCUGUGACAUUUGCUGCAUUGGAAAUGUCCAGCAGUCCCUCAGAGCUUAGGAAAAUUGUGACCCCUCUGACAUGUCUUAAGCAACCGACAGCAUCAUCAAUAUUAAUUCAGGCUUCACUGUCCAGGCUUAAGUGGAGACUUGGCAAAAGCAGGAGGCCGUUUAGUGGAAAAGUUCAAACGGUGGAAACAGCAAAUGGAAAUGUCCUUUGUCCUGCUUAAGCGAUUUAAUCACCUACAUGUGGUCGGUAUGUAAAACCUAGGAGUUCUAAGAAAUUCUUCAAACAUGGGCUCUACCUGAUUGGUUCCGUUACUUAAAUCUGUUGUUUCUCUUGUUAGUUUUGGUCCUUAUGGAGAAAGCAGAGGUAAACCAGAAGAGACUCUCUAGCAGUCUGUCAGCCACUCUCCCCUGACUUUGCCCUCUCCAAUUCCACAUAUUGUUGCCUACAAUUUGACUAGAAUGCCUAGUUCUCAAGCGUGUGGAGGACCCAGUUCUGGGAGUUAGUGGUUUUAGCUGGUUCUGAGCCCAUCGUGAGUGUGCUGUGAUGGCUCCCAAAAGAGCAAAUGCUGGUGGAGGCUGCAUUAAUAGAAAGGCAUGAGCACGUCAGGACAUGGUCUUGCUGCCUGACUUCGCAACAAGUAGAACAUAAUCCGGACUCUAGAAACUGUAGCUACUUUGAGAUCAUAACAAACUAGAAAAUAGGAACAACCACAAGGCAGGCUCUCUCUGUCAGGCCUGGAUGUGCCAUCACAUGAAGACAGGUUUGAAAAAACCUCACAGAAUGCCUGGAGAUGAGGAGGUGCAGGGGAGAGAAAGCUUUUCUCUACUCAGCUUUUGAACAUUCAAGAACUCUUGGGUAGAAAAGAGACAGAUUUGUUCCUUGGUACUCUGCAGAGGAUACCAAGGAUCAGUGGAGGAAAUUUUGCUCAAUACAGUUUAUUCUUCCAAGAAAUACCAAGCACCAACCAUCUGUAAAUUAACAGUUGAGUGUGAAAUGGGUUGCCUAGAAAAACAGUGCACUCGGUCAUAGAAAUAUUCCAGUAUAGACAGAGUGAUUGUCAGGAAUACCAUAGAAAGAAGAUUCUUUCCCUGUGUGGGAAAAUGGAUGAAAUGGUCUCCAAAACCUCUUCUAGCUCUUUAGAGUCUGGGAGUCCGUGAACCCUCAAAAGUUUCAGGGAUAUAUGCAGAGGGUCCAAGGAAUUCUCUUUGGCAGAAAUGAGUGUGACUUAAAAUACAGUCAGAUCAAAGAAAAAGACCUAGUGUUCAAUAAAUCAGUAGAAUGAAAAUAGUAAACAAUAAUCUAUUGUAUAUUUCAAAACAGCUAGUAGUGAAUAAUUUGAAGCCCUGACUUGAUUAUAUAUUAUAUAAAUAUAAAUAUAUACAUCUAUUAUGUAUCAAUUAAAAAAUGAAUGUAACUUAAGUUCAUUAAAAACAUUAUCACCUGUUCACAGAAUGCAAACGGAAUCCCUGCAAACCCUACACUGCCACACUUUCUGCCCCAAAGACAGCCCCCAGGGCGUAAAGAUCAAGCAACUGGCAAUUGCAGUAGAAAUACUAAAAUCGUAACAGGACUCAAAUGGAUGCUAAAAAGCCAAGGAAAUGCGACUUGACUCCCUUCCUGGUUUUGAAAGCAAGAAAGAAACAAAAGCUCACCUCUGCGAAGGUUGGAAGUAAACCUUCAGUUCAAGUCCAGAAGCCACCUGCCAACACCAAGAACUCCAGAAUGACCCAAGUCUUUCAUAAGAACUCCAGUGUUACUUCACUCCCCUUUGUGGACGCCAAGGGGAAGAAGAAUAUGGUAAGCUUCCCACACAUUAGCAAGAAAGUCCUGCUGAAGUCAUCCCUGCUGUAUCAGGAGAAUCAAGCUCACAAUCAGAUGCCGGCCUCAGAGCUCAAGGCUUCAGAAAUACCUUUGCACCCUAGCAUUAAAACCCAGGAUCCCAAGGCAGGGGAGAAGUCACCAAAGAAGCACAAGGUGCCUCUGACAGCAGCAGAGGCCCUAAAGCUUUUUAAGAAUCAGCUGUCUCCAUAUGAGCAAAGUGAAAUCCUGGGCUACGCGGAGCUGUGGUUCCUGGGGCUUGAAGCCAAGAAGCUGGACCUGGCUCCUGAGAAAUUUAGCAAGACGAGUUUUGAUGAUGAGCAAGGCUCCUAUCUGAAGGUCCUGCAUGAUCACAUUGCCUACCGCUAUGAGGUUCUGGAGAUGAUCGGGAAGGGGUCCUUUGGACAGGUGGCCAAGUGCUUGGAUCACAAAAACAAUGAGCUGGUGGCCCUGAAAAUCAUCAGGAACAAGAAGAGAUUUCACCAGCAGGCCCUGGUGGAGCUGAAGAUCCUGGAAGCUCUCAGAAAGAAGGACAAAGACAACACCUCCAAUGUGGUGCAUAUGAAGGACUUUUUCUACUUUCGCAAUCACUUCUGCAUCACCUUUGAGCUCCUGGGAAUCAACUUGUAUGAGUUGAUGAAGAAUAACAACUUUCAAGGCUUCAGUCUGUCGAUAGUUCGGCGUUUCACUCUCUCUGUUUUGAAGUGCUUGCAAAUGCUUUCUGUAGAGAAAAUCAUCCACUGCGAUCUCAAGCCCGAAAAUAUAGUGCUGUACCAAAAGGGCCAAGUCUCUGUUAAAGUCAUUGACUUUGGAUCAAGCUGUUAUGAACACCAGAAAGUAUACACGUACAUCCAAAGCCGGUUCUACCGAUCCCCAGAAGUGAUCCUGGGCCACCCGUACGACAUGGCCAUUGACAUGUGGAGCCUGGGCUGCAUCAUGGCAGAGUUGUACACGGGCUACCCCCUGUUCCCCGGGGAGAAUGAGGUGGAGCAGCUGGCCUGCAUCAUGGAGGUGCUGGGUCUGCCGCCAGCCGGCUUCAUUCAGACGGCCUCCAGGAGACAGACAUUCUUUGAUUCCAAAGGUUUUCCUAAAAAUAUAACCAACAACAGGGGGAAGAAAAGAUACCCAGACUCCAAGGACCUCACGAUGGUGCUGAAAACCUAUGACACCAGCUUCCUGGACUUUCUCAGAAGGUGUUUGGUAUGGGAACCUUCUCUUCGCAUGACCCCGGACCAGGCCCUCAAGCAUGCUUGGAUUCAUCAGUCUCGGAACCUCAAGCCACAGCCCAAGCCCCAGACCCUGAGGAAAUCCAGUUCCUUUUUCCCUUCUGAGACAAGGAAGGACAAGGUUCAAGGCUGUCAUCACUGGAGCAAAAAAGCAGAUGAGAUCACCAACGAGACUACAGAGAAAACAAAAGAUGGCUCCACGAAGCAUGUUCAGCCUUCAGGGGAUCAGCAGGACUCUCUCCAGCACAGAGCUGACACUGUUCAGCUGCCUCAACUGGUAGAAGCUCCCAAGAAGUCAGAGGCAGAGGUGUCCACGACCUCCCCGGGACAGAACAAAAACUUCUCCCUCAAGAACACAAACAUUUUACCCCCUAUUGUAUGACCUUUGCUGAGGGUAUGUCCUGCUCCUUUCCACCAGUGAUUCGUAUUAAGACAGCACUUAUAUUGUACAAUACUUCAGACUGUUUUUUUUAAAUACAUAAAAGUUUAUUUUUAAAAAACUCUA